UAUAUACAUAACAACAUUGUUUGCUUGUUUUCUAUUUCUUGUGAUACACAACUCGCAUUAAAGCAAUAUAUACAUAUAUAUACCAACAAUCAAUACGUACUCUUUUCAAUUUAUUCAAAGAAAUUACUUCAUUCUCUUAUAAGGUACCUACCUACCUAGUUAGUACCUACCCCUCACCUACGGAAGGUUCCUUCAAUCAGAUUGCCAUACGUCACGUCACAUCACAGCUCCCCAAAGCUCGGGAACAAUCCCGAUCUACACACCUACAUUCAACUUUAAAAAAACAAGCAGCUUGUCCAGCUUGUCUUCAAACUCUAUCUACUCUAGUUAUAUAUUUCUAUCUACUUAAACUGCUGCACUACUUUAGCUGCAUAUCUAUCUACUGGGCACAUUUUUUGUAUAUACAGUUCAAGAUGGAGUCCUUUACGAAACUCAAGCGUCGCGGCACCGACCUAUUCAGUUCUCUGCCGCAAGGCAUGCCCUCAAUGCCCUCGAUGCCUUCGAUGCCUUCGAUGCCUCAUCUUCCUCACUUACAGCGCAACACCGGUCGUCCCACAAUGAAGGGUACUUGGCAACAUGUCGCUAUCCCGCCGCUUCCGCGCUCCUCGCAUUCACUCGACAUUGUUGCCGGCAAUGCCUAUAUAUUUGGUGGCGAGAUCGAAGCCCGUAAACCUACUGACAACGACAUGCAUGUCAUCGCGCUACCUUCCUCCGGCGCUCCAGCCGACUACUACGCCGUGAAGGCCCGGCCACCUCAACAGCAGCACCGGCCAACUGAGGAAGCCCCAACGCCUAUUACGGAGGAGGACGAAACCGAGGCCGAGCUCAAAGAUCCCUUGACUGAAGUCCCGCUGAGCUCUCCAAACCCAACCGGCACCUCCCAAUUCCCUAGCGAGCCUUCAUCUGCUACGCUCGAUAAAGGGAAGUCUAAGGCUGUCGGUGACGAGGUUCCGUGUGCGCGUGUCGGCCACGCAACGGCCGUUAUCGGAUCGCGAAUCUUCCUAUUUGGUGGCCGUAGCGUCGAGUCUGCAUCCGAGCCGCUCAACGAGCAUGGCCGCGUCUGGGUUUUCGAGACCAAAACACAUACGUGGUCAGCCCUGGACCCAUACAACCCGCGUAACGACGAUGACGCUGUGCCACCCCCGCGCAGCUACUUUGCCGCCACCGCUACCGACAAGCCGCGAGACUUUGCCAUCAAGCCCCUGCGCCGCGCCUCUAGCUGGAAGCAGUGGGCCGAGGGUGAUUCAGCCGAGGUUGGAAUCCCGCAGCGCCCCAUUGCCGGGAGCGUCGCUGAACACGCAACCGAUGAGGAAGAUGCCGGAUUCGGCACGUUUAUUAUUCACGGCGGAUGCACGGCGGAUGGCGGACGCACAAACGACGUCUGGGCUUUCGACGUACGCAGCCGCACCUGGAAGGUUCUUCCUUCAGCCCCAGGGCCAGCGCGAGGCGGUGCGGCAUUGACGCUAGCUAAGGGUAGGCUGUACCGCUUUGGCGGGUACGACGGCCAGGCGGAACUAGGAGGCCAACUCGACGUUCUGGAGCUUGUGCUUGACGAGUUCGACGACCGCGUUAGCAAGGGCGAGAUCGGCGUGUUUGCCCGCGGGCAGUGGCAGUCCUUGGUCCAGCCCGGGUCUAUCAUCGUGACAGACAGCGAUGAGAAAUCUAAGCUCGCACAACCCGCGGCCGAGGAGUGGCCCGGACACCGCAGCGUAAGCAGCCUUGAGCUUGUGCUUAGCGGCGGUGGGCGGGAGUACCUGGUUCUGAUGCUCGGCGAGCAGAGCCCGAGCGCCGAGGGCCACGCCGGCGCAGGCCAGUUCUGGGGCGACGUCUGGGCCUUCCAGAUCCCGCCCAUCGGCAUGACGGCCGCCAGCUUCUCGGACGCCGUCAUGCACGCCGUCGGCCGGAAGACAGGCGAGGGCAAGUGGACCCGCGUAACCGUCGGCCCCUACGACGACGAGGACGAGCUGGAUGUCCAGGGCCCGGCCCCGCGGGGCUGGCUCGCAAGCGCGCCCCUCGGCGAUCUGGAAGAAAAUGCCAUCUUAAUCUUCGGCGGCCUGGGCGAGAACAACCGGCGGCUAGGCGACGGUUGGAUCUUCAGGCUGGAGUAGGGGUGUGCCGUUUAUAUAUCAUAAGAUGCCUGCCUACCUGCUUAUCUGCACAAGCACCUCAGUUCCCACAUAUGUACCUACCUACCUACCUACCUACUUAACUUGAGGUAUUUCGAGGGGUGGGGGUAAGGGGUAAGGGAGUUCCAA